AUGCAAUGGAAAACAGAAAACCGAGGCAUAAUUUUCUCUACCUGUUUUAACUUCCUUAUUUCUUUCUUCUCUUCCUUCACUCUUGUCUUCCGUCCUGAACUUCCCCUCUCUUCUCACCACUCCUUUCUUCUUCAUUGCUGCCAUUGCUUCCUUCGUCAAUUUUUACUACCUUUCCUACUGCUUCCGACCUUCUUGAUAUAUAUAUUUUGCAUCUAUGUUUUACUCUGCUUACUUUUCAUUCUUUCUUACUUUCUUCCUCGUCUUUUCUUCAACCUGCCCUCUUUUCACUCUUUCCUUUACUUACUUUAUUACUGCCCUUUCCUCCAAUGUUUCUGUGUUUUCCUUCCGUUCUCAUCAUUUUCCUUCUUUGCUUUUUUGAUACUUUGUUUCAUAUAUUUUUUCCUUCAUUCCGCCAUUCUGUUUUUUAUUUUUAUUUUGUUACUUACUAAAUUACUUGCUUGCUUUCUAUCGGUUUGUUUUUCUUCUUUUUUGGCUUACUUUUCUUUCUUUCUUUCUUUCUUUCUUUCCUUCUUUCUUUCUUACAGUGCUUGCUUUCUUUCUCCCUUCCUUCUUUUCUCUUUUUUUCUUUUUAUAUCAUCUUCCAUCGAUUUCGUACGUUCAUUUUGGCGCUAUUUCACCUUCCAUUCUUUCUUUCAGUAUUUCCGUUCUUCGUUCCCCUUCCUUAUUCUUACAUUUUAUUUUAUUAUCUUUCUUUCUUUCCUUGCUUUUACGCAUUGUUUCUUGCGUUUUCCUAUUUUCUCUUUGUUUUUCAUUCUUCUUUCUUUCCUUGUCUUUCAUUGCUUCGCUUUCAUUCCUCCCUUCCUUCUCAUUAUAUCUUGUUUCUUGUGUUUUCUUCUUUUUCCCUCUUUCUCUCUCUUCCUUUCGUAUCACCUUUUUUCCUUCCAUUCGUUCAGUUUCUCUUUGCUUUUUUUCCUCUUUCCUUCUUUUUGUAUUACUCUUCUCUUUUCUCUUCACAUUUGGCUUCUUAUGCUUUCUUUAUUUACUAAUUGCAUUUUCUUCUUCAAUGCCCAUUUUGAUUUCCUGACAGCCCCACCUUUCUUCCUUCUUUUCUCCUUUCCUUUACUUUUCCUUUCUACCUCGGAACCUUUACUCUUUCUUUCUUUCUUUUUUCUUUUUUUUUUUUUUUUUUUUCUUCCUUCCUCCUCUUCUUUCUUCCUCUUCUUUUUCAUCCUCUUUUUAGUUUUCUCCUUCUUUUUCUUCAUUUUCUUUAUUUUCUGUUAUCAUUUAACCUAUUUUUACUCUCCACUUCCACACGUCAUUCUUGCUUUAAUUUUACUGGUUAUUCCCGUUGAAUUAAUCUUUCUUUCUUUCUCUCUUUCUUUCUUUAUUUUUUCUUUCUUUCUUUCUUUCUUUCUUUCUUUCUUUCUUUCUUUCUUUCUUUCAUUCAUUCAUUCAUUUUUUUCUUACUUUCUAAAAUUCUUUCUUUCUUUCCAACAGCGCUUUCUUUCUUUCUUUCUCUCCUGUCCUUUUCUUUCUCUUAAUGUUUCAUUCCUUUUUUUAUUCACUGUUUAUUUUUAA